UGGUAAAAGCUGGCCGGAAGUGCUUCCACAAGGAUCCGGGAGCAGUUGCUUUGUCCGUCAGUAAAAGCCCUCCGUGUUUCCGACUGAAUGAACAGAAGUUGGAUGGCCUUUCUUUCCGCUUAAAACGUCGUUUUAAAGGUGGGAGCAGCUCCUAAUCAGCCGCCUGUCAUGGCUCACAUCACCAUCAACCAGUACCUGCAGCAGAUAAACGAGGCCAUCGAGAACCACGAGGGCUCCUUCUGUGCCGAGCUGCUCUCCUUCAAACACCCCCACGUGGCCAAUCCCCGCCUACAGCUGGCCAGUCCGGAGGAGAAGUGCCAACAGAUUCUGGAGCCACCGUACGACGAGAUGGUGGCGGCUCAUCUCAGGUGUACAUACGCUGUGGCCAAUCACGACUUUGUAGAAGCAUACAAGUUCCAGACGCUUGUUGUUCAGUCCUUCCUGAGAGCCUUCCAGUCCCACAAAGAGGAGAACUGGGCUCUGCCCGUCAUGUUCGCCGCCACCCUGGACCUCCGGAUAUUCGCCGGCAAUGCAGAGCAGCAGCUGCAGAAGAAAGGAAAAGGCCAGCCGGGUGAAAUGUUGGAGAAAGCAGCAGAGCAGCUGAUGAGCUGCUUCAGAGUGUGCGCCAGUGAUAACCGAGCCGGCAUCGACGACUCCAAGAAGUGGGGGAUGAUGUUCCUGAGCAACCAGCUCUUCAAGAUCUACUUCAAGAUCAACAAGCUGCACCUGUGCAAACCUCUGAUCCGAGCCAUCGACAGCUCCAACCUGAAGAACGACUACAGUCCAGCUCAGAAGGUCACCUACAAAUACUACGUCGGCCGCAAGGCCAUGUUCGACAGCGACUUCAAGACGGCUGAGGAGAUGCUGUCCUACGCCUUCGACCACUGCCAUCGCUCCAGCCAGAAGAACAAGAGGAUGAUCCUGAUCUACCUGCUGCCUGUCAAGAUGCUGCUGGGCCACAUGCCGACUCAUCAGCUGCUCAGGAAGUAUGACCUCAUCCAGUUUGCUGAUGUCACCAAAGCUGUGAGCGAGGGGAACCUGCUGCUGCUGAACGAGGCUCUGUCCAAACACGAGACCUUCUUCAUCCGCUGUGGCAUCUUCCUCAUCCUGGAGAAGCUCAAGAUCAUCACCUACAGGAACCUCUUCAAGAAAGUGUAUCUGCUGCUGAAGACACACCAGCUGCCCCUGGACGCCUUCCUGGUGGCUCUGAAGAUGAUGCAGGUGGAGGACGUGGACAUCGACGAGGUGCAGUGCAUCCUGGCCAACCUCAUCUACAUGGGUCACAUCAAAGGUUACAUCUCCCAUCAGCACCAGAAGCUCGUGGUCAGUAAACAGAAUCCGUUCCCUCCUCUGUCUUCUGUCUCCUAGACUACAUUACCCACAAUCCCUCUGAAGGGAGCAGGACCUUGUUUAAAAAGCUGGUUGAAUAAAACAUUCUGUGGUUUGUA